AAGGUGUUUCAAGAAUAUGGAAUUGUGAAGCAACUCAACACCAUUUAUUCACGUACAGAUAUACGUUUGUGUGAUUCUGGUGGUAGUACUGUAAAACUACUCGAAACACUUGCUGAUUUUGCCGACAAUCAUCCCGACAGUUCAAUACGUACCGAGUUGGAUCAAGGCAGGAUACUUGAAAAUCUAACGGCUAUUGUACAAUCAGACACUGCUAACCACAGAGACAAAAUGGUUGCUGGCCAGAUCAUUGAAGCGUGUUUCCAGCAUCGGGUUUACACUGCUAGUUCGAGCAUUCAAUCAUACAACGACAAUGCCGAAAUUGAUAUGAAAUCUGGAAUGGCCGGAGAUACACAUGGAGAGGUACGCACACUUGUCGAGAUGCGGUAUAUCCAAUAUCUUCAUUCUAUACUUUGCAAACCCAUGUGGUGGAUCGAUAUCACAAACCAGCAUAUUGUGGAGCAAUGGAGGGUUGACUCACUCGAUCGGAAUAUAUCACCAUCAACAUUUAAUCUUGCGUUGGAACAACUCGGGUUUUUUGUCAAACAGCUUGUUUGUAGUGGCAGUGAUGGAUUUGGCACAAUUGUACCAGGACCUGUUGAACUGACGUAUAUACUGGACAAUGGCAU